AGUAAAACACGCCAUUCCCGUUGUAGACCUUUUCUUACCCCGGCAUCCCGACAUCCCACCUCGCCCCCUUUCGCUUUCGCCCUGCGAUCUCACUCCUCGCUCGCCCCCAAGCGGUUUCCUCUGCCCCCUCUUCUUUUAUCUUUUGUUCUCAUCUCCCACUCCAAAACCCCUCACUUGUCGAGCUGCAUUUUGCUUCAGCUUCUUCCUUCCCCUUGCACUCCACUGCUUCCUGCUUUCUUGAAGCAAAAUCAUUCUGUACUGAAUUACUGCUAAUUAGCUUCUACUUUUUUCGGGAUCGGAGCAAUGGAGAAAGGGAGGAAGCAGGGGUUCUUUUCUGCGUUCAAGGGGGAGGUGGUGCGGGGCCUCUCGCCGGCGAGGCCGCGAGGAAAGUCGCCGGCGCGAAUGCUGCUUCCGCGCAGCCGCAAGACGGCGGCGGCGGAGGCACCGCCGCCGCCGCUCGAGCAGCUCGGUCAGUACGUGCCGGAUCCGCUCAUCGCCCACUCCGGCAGCCUUCGGCCUGGCGGCGAGGUCCUGGCGCCUCUUAUGGAGGGCCCAGACCUGGGUGAAGGUGACAAUGGGGCUGAAGACCCCGACCGCCGAGAUGGGUUCGGACAUUGGAUCCGCGGCCACCUGUCCCGUGCCCCGUCCAUGGCCGGCGGCGGUGACGGAAGCAGCGGGUCUUUCCGCCGCUCCGACCUCCGCCUCCUCCUCGGCGUAAUGGGUGCGCCGCUUGCGCCCGUUUCAGCCUCUGCCGCCGAGCCGUUGCCUCAUCUCUCCGUCAAGGGCACCCCCAUUGAGUCCUCGUCGGCGCAGUACAUCCUGCAGCAGUACAUGGCGGCGUCCGGGGGCGCGAAGCUGCUGCGGUCGGUGCGGAACGCGUACGCGAUGGGGAAAGUGCGAAUGGUCGCGUCGGAGUUCGAGACGGCCACGCGAGUAGUCAAGAACCGGGGCUCCGGCGCCGCUGCCGCCGUGGAGCAGGGGGGAUUCGUGCUCUGGCAGAUGUCCCCGGACAUGUGGUACGUCGAGCUCGCCGUCGGCGGCAGCAAGGUCCGCGCUGGAUGCAACGGUCGCCUCGUCUGGCGCCACACGCCCUGGCUGGGCGCCCACGCCGCCAAGGGCCCCGUCCGCCCCCUCCGCCGCGCGCUCCAGGGACUGGACCCGCUGACGACGGCGGGGCUAUUCGCGGGCGCGCGGUGCGUGGGCGAGAAGAAGGUGAGCGGCGAGGACUGCUUCAUCCUGAAGCUGUCCGCGGACGCGGAGAUGCUGCGGCAGCGGAGCGAGGGGCCUGCGGAGAUAAUCCGGCACGUGCUGUUCGGCUACUUCAGCCAGCGCACGGGCCUACUGGUGCACGUUGAGGACUCGCACCUCACCCGCAUCCAGCCGCACGACGGCGGGGACGCCGUCUACUGGGAGACCACCAUCAGCUCCUUCCUGGAGGACUACCGCCCCGUCGACGGCGUCAUGAUCGCGCACGCCGGCCGCUCCGCCGUCACAUUGUUCCGGUUUGGCGAGAUGGCCAUGAGCCACACCAAGACGCGCAUGGAGGAGGCGUGGACCAUCGACGAGGCGGCGUUCAACGUGCCGGGGCUAUCGACCGACUGCUUCAUCCCACCCGCCGACAUCCGGCGCGGCUCCGUCGGUGAGCCCUGCGAGCUUCCGCCGCGGGGGGAGCGCGUCAAGGCCGGCGCCGUGCACCCCGCGCGUGUUGCAGCGGUGGAGCGCGUGCACCCGCGGCGCAAUGUGGCUGGCCACAAGAUUCACUGUAGAGUGGAAGUCUGAGAACUGAAGUGGAGAGAUUACAUGAUUGGAUUCUUAAGAAUUCAGAUUAGUUAAGAAGCUGGCUAGGGAGAAUUCAACCAAUCCAAUUUGUUCGUAGUACCAGAAAUCAAAUCUUUCUUCAAAUACUAACUUCAUUCUAGUGUCUCGUAUUCUGCACAGAUGAGUAAAGCAUCUCCUCCGUCCCCUUGUUCAAUUGUACUGUAACAUUUGCAACAAUUCUCUCGGUGGUUCAGGAACAAAAAUCGACAGAAUUAUACCAGAUCUUAUACCUAA